GCCCCCUCCGGCUGGGGAAGGGGGUGCGCCCGGCUUGGGGGGGCGGAGAAGCUCAGGGUUUCCCUGGGAACGACCCUGGACCGGGGCCAGGGAAGAGGCGGGUCACCGUGACUUUCCCCUCCCGUGGCGCUGGGGCGAGUCCAGAGGACACGGCGCGAUCGCUUCCUCCUGUCCCUCCUCAGAGCCGCGGCUGACGCGAGGGACCCCCUCAUCCCGCCAGGAACCCGGAGGCGACACCAGCCCAGCACCCAGACGAGCAGCCGCAGGAGAUCGGGGCGCCCAUGCGGGAGCGGCACCCCGGAACCACAAUGGUGGACACAGAAAGCCCGAUCUGCCCGCUGUCCCCGCUGGAGGCGGACGGCCUGGAGAGCCCGCUGUCCGAGGAGUUCCUGCAGGAGAUGGGCGCUGUCCAGGAGCUCGCGCAGUCCAUCGGGGAGGACAGCUCCGGGAGCUUCGGCUUCGCAGAGUACCAGUGCUUCGGGAGCGGCCCGGGGUCGGACGGCUCCGUGAUCACAGACACCCUUUCGCCAGCCUCAAGUCCCUCGUCCGUCACCUACCCUGUGGCUCCUGGGGCUGCCGAUGAAUCAUCCAGCAUAACUCUAAACAUCGAAUGCAGGAUCUGUGGGGACAAAGCCUCGGGCUACCAUUACGGGGUCCACGCGUGUGAAGGCUGCAAGGGUUUCUUCCGGCGAACCAUCCGACUGAAGCUCGUCUACGACAAAUGCGACCGCAGCUGCAAGAUCCAGAAGAAGAACCGGAACAAGUGCCAGUACUGCCGCUUCCACAGGUGCCUCUCCGCGGGGAUGUCCCAUAACGCAAUCCGUUUUGGACGGAUGCCGAGAUCUGAAAAAGCAAAGCUGAAGGCUGAGAUCCUUACCUGUGAGCACGACGUUGAGGACGCCGAGACCGCAGACCUCAAGUCCCUCGCCAAGCGGCUCUACGAGGCCUACCUGAAGAACUUCAGCAUGAACAAGGUCAAGGCCCGGGUCAUCCUGGCAGGAAAGGCCAGCAACAACCCACCCUUCGUCAUCCACGACAUGGAGACGCUGUGCAUGGCCGAGAAGACGCUGGUGGCGCAGCUGGUGGCCGAUGGCAUCCGGAACAAGGAGGCGGAGGUGCGCAUCUUCCACUGCUGCCAGUGCAUGUCCGUGGAGACCGUCACGGAGCUCACGGAGUUCGCCAAGUCCAUCCCGGGCUUCGCCAGCCUGGACCUCAACGACCAGGUCACGCUGCUCAAGUACGGCGUGUACGAGGCCAUCUUCGCCAUGCUGUCCUCCGUGAUGAACAAGGACGGGAUGCUGGUCGCCUAUGGCAGCGGCUUCAUCACGCGCGAGUUCCUCAAGGGCCUGCGGAAGCCCUUCUGCGACAUCAUGGAGCCCAAGUUUGACUUCGCCAUGAAGUUCAACGCGCUGGAGCUGGACGACAGUGACAUCUCGCUCUUCGUGGCCGCCAUCAUCUGCUGCGGAGAUCGGCCGGGCCUCCUCAACGUGGGGCACAUUGAGAAGAUGCAGGAGGCCAUCGUGCACGUGCUGCAGCUGCACCUGCAGAGCCACCACCCCGACGACGCCUUCCUCUUCCCGAAGCUGCUGCAGAAGAUGGCGGACCUGCGGCAGCUGGUCACGGAGCACGCGCAGCUGGUGCAGGUCAUCAAGAAGACCGAGUCGGACGCGGCGCUGCACCCGCUGCUGCAGGAGAUCUACAGGGACAUGUACUGACGCCCCGGGGGCCGACCGGAGCCUGCCAGGCCGCGGGACCCGGGAGGGUGGAGCCCCCCGCCACACCCCCGCCCGCCCGCUGCUGUCUGGGCCCCGCAGGGCCGGGGGAGCUAGGGGGCCACGAGGGGCAGGACCUGGGACGCAGGAGAGGCUGGCGGCCCCGCGGCCUGGCCGCAGCCGGCCAUCUGCUGGUCUUGGAGCUGCCCGCAUCCGUCGGCCCUCCCGCCGGCACCGCUGUGCUCCUUGUAAUCCUGAAAACUAAUCAGCACUUUUUAACUUUUAUAAUCCGUGAGUCUAGAGGUAUCCAAAGGUUAGGUAUUUAAGAAGCAGCAACAUAUUUAUUUGGGAAACUUAGAUUCCGUUUUCUGAAUUGGGAGAGCAACAGCGUGCUGGUCUCCGAGCGCAGGGUCCAGCCUCAGGCGGCCGAUGGGCUCCGGCAGGGGCUGCUCGUUCCCGCGCUCUUCCCGGGACAUGUGUGGAGAAGAGGGGGUGGGGGGCCGGGCCAUCCCCGCAGCGUCCUGGUGAGCAGGCCACGCUGCCUGUCAGCUGCCCGCCCUUCCCGUCCACCUUCCCGCACACCCCAACCGCAGGCCCAGGCCGGCCAGGGCGGGCCCGUUUGGGGCAAACUGCACGUGGCCUGCAGCCGUUUCUCGGGGCCCACGUGUAAGGCAGCUCCUUGCUCUUUUCCUGUGUGCUUUUUAAAAUAUGCGGCUUUAUUACUAUUUUUUUUUAACUCUUGGUGGUAGUAGGUGCCCCCUGGAGCCCAGAAGACAACUGUGACUUUCUAGCAAGGACUGGGGUGGGGGUCACGCCUUCUAGGGGGUGCAGCUCAGGCUUCAGAGCAGGCGACUCCCACUUAUGUGCAAAGCAGUGUUUCCAGCAUCCAAGCUCGGUUUCGGUCUUCAAGGUCAACGUCGCGACCUUGGUCUGGUGGGGAAGGCCAUGUCGGUUACGGGUUUCGGAAGUCUCCCCAGGGUCUCCCUCCCACGGCCGGGCUCAGCCUGCCCCCACGGGGUCCCGGGGUCCCUGGAGACCGGCCUUCACCGCCUGGCUGUCCCGGCGGUGCGCAGAGAAGCGGGCUCUUUCACAAAGUCGUUACGGUUUGCUGUGAGCGAAGGAUGAGGACGGGCAGUGACAAAGUCCCCAGGGUCGGCGUAUGAUGACAGGACAGCAAGGCGGUCGCACUUCAAGCAGAAGCAGCACAAGUCCCAGCUGGGACAACCUUUGCCAGAAUGACGGUCAGCGGCCAGCCUGGGGGAGCCCAGGAGCCUCUCCCCAUGAGAGAGACGCCCACCAGGAGAUGUUGCAGCCACUCUCCAAGCAAGUCGUCCCCGAGGGCGCAGCUCCCAGCCUGGUGGGGCUCAGAGGCCAGUGCCAGGGCCAGGCCUGUGCAGUCCCAGGGGGCGCCCCUCCUUCCGACAGAUGCCAUCAGGCAGGUGCGGCCUCCAAACGUGAGCCCCAGACCAGGAUUUCAGACCCACUCUGUAGAUUUUCCUGAAGACCCACUUACACGCCCUCCUGUCGCGCUCGCAGCAUCGGUCCUGGGGCCUCGGCCAGACAGCAGCUGGCCUGGGAGCCAGAGAGGCCAGCGCUCGCCUCGGUCAGCAGAAGAACCCCACGUCCCAAUCAUUUUAAAUCAGAGCCACUAACUGCCCCUUGGAAUAUCAAGAGGUGGGGCCCACGGAGGGCCACCCAGGCCGCCCCUCUCGCCAGCUCCCCGCCAGCUGUCCCCUGGGCAGGCGAUCCAGGCAGACCGUUUGCACAAAGCCUUGGCCCGUCACAGCAGGGGGCUCAGGGAGGCGACACUGCCACAGAGCCCCAGCUGCACGCACGCUGCCUUGGGGGCCACAGAGGCUUUGGGGACAUCCCCGCGGCCUGGGCCCACGCUCUCAUCUGUCCUUUUAAAAGAGGCCGGGCUUCUCGUCUCUGUCCAAGCAGACGUGGGGCCUCCCCAGAUUCGCCCCUGACCACCAGGUCCGGGCAGGGAGCUGGGGCCCUGCCUCCUGACCGGCAGCGAUGGGGGCCGUUCAGCACCGCCCACAGCGCCGUCCUGAGCCCCGGGCUCCUCCCAGGGCGAGCCUCGGGGGACUUUCUGCCCAGAGAGCUGAGACGAGGCCCAAGGUCAAGGUUGGAUUUGCCGGUGCUCCAUACGAACGGGGUUCAUCUGACUUCUCCGCAAACUACCAAAUCCAUUGAAAUGUGAUGUUGGGAGUUUUGAGGACAAAAGGACACUGGCCUCCCUGCUCGGCUGAAAUGACGACGGCUGCUUCCCGCCGCCUGCGCGCAGGCCUGACGGGCCGCGGCAGGCUCUCCUCAGCCGUGAGCACAUGGCCCCGCUUUCUAAGCCGCGCGUCAGGCUCCCGGGCCACCCCCCACCGCCUCCACCGGCCCAGUCUCCAGCUUCCAGCCUGACACGGGACUGGAACGUCUGCCCGCCCGGAGGGGGUGCGUGUGAGGGCCCAGCCGGCGCCCACACGGCGUGACCCUGGAGCCCUUCCCAGGCGGGCAGGUUGAGUCCGCGGCAGCGUCACUUCCGGCGGGAGCAGCUAUCUGCCCCCCCAAAAAACCCUUUUUUUACAUCAUGCAUAGCAAAUUAAGACCUGGAUCAGACUUUUGUAUUCAAAAUGUUUGCUAGUUUGGGUCAAUGUGAAGAACUUCCACGUUUUCCUCCAGAGAAGGGAACAGACCAGCCGGGUCCUCUCCUGCCUCCUCCCCUGACCCAGCCCCCCAGCCCUGUGCAGAGGGCUCCCCCGCUGAGGGCCCCCCACGAGCCCUGGACAGGGGUGAGCCCAGAGGGAGGGGCCUCCUCAAGGCAGGGAGUCAAGCCUCAGGCCCUGAAGACUUUUCAAAAUAAAAUCACUCACUCUGGGAAAUGCCUUCUCUUCUAGAGGCCUGGACCCUUUCUAGGCCUCCAACAAGGUACCUCGCGCAGGCGACCCCUCGGCGCUGCUCCCGCGGGCCCGCGCUUCUCGACGCCGGGGGCCAAGGCCGAGCAGCGGCAUCUCCAAUGCUGUGGUUUGAAUUUGUGUUUUAAUCCCGUUACCAAUGUUUUACUGCCACAGCUGCGCACCAGCGCCCGCCUCUGGAGUCUUCCGAAAUCAGUGUUAAUUGAUGUGCCCGCAAAAGGUGGACCCGGCCUGGGGACACCAGGAGGCUGCACGGUCGCAAGUGAGAUGCAGCACGUCUGGGCGUGCACACGCGUGCCCCGAAAUGCUGCCUCUCCCGAGCCGCCUGGGGCUCGUGUCCACUGCCUAAGCCCGGCCGGUCCAACAUACUCCACACAAAGCACAGGCCAAGCUGUUCUCCACCGGACGCCCUGCCACCCGGGCAGAUGUCCGUGCUGCCCAGCAGCGCCUGCUGACCAGCGGCGGCCCUUGUGGCCAGCGCUUCGGAGCCCUGACCUCGUGGGUUAUUACCAAAGAAGCGUGGGGUCCCAGCCACCCCACGGAAGUGGGCGGCGGCCUCCGAGGGCCACGCGCAGUGCGAGCAGAACCCGAGCCCAUCUCGGCAGGGGCCUGUGGCAUUCGCUCCGGCCGGGCCGCCAGGCGGGGGGCAGAGCCCACGCAAGGCCUGGGCCGGCGCCGGGCGAGUUUCAGGGUCACCUCCCGGGGCCUCAUGCUGUGUCCAGGGGUUGACAGACCGAGUCUUUCGCACGUACCAGGUCCCAAAGCCGACCUCUCCCCUCCAGCCGCCGCCUCCGGGCGCGGGGGCUUCGGGGCCAGGCGGCGGGCGUCGCUUCUAGUCACGGUAGCUGAUGGGGUUCCAGGCAGUUAGGAAAAGGCUGUCAAGUAACUUUAAUUUUUUUUAAAUCUCGGGUCUGACUCAUUUUCCUGUUAGGAGAGUGAAUGACCCUAUGUAUUGAUUUGUCCUGAGUUUAUGGGAACUUACCUUCUGGAAUGUCCUACUGUAAGACUGAUGAAUGUAAAGAGUUAAUUUCAGGGUACAGUUUUGCCUUAAUGGUUUUAAAAAAAAUAAACUAUUUUUUA